GCUCCCCCAUCCCGUGCGGGCCUCGCUCCUGCAUGAUUCCGCUAGGCAGCAAGCCCUGGGGCCGUGGGUGGGGACCCCGGGCAGGGGGCACGUGGUCAGGGCCCUGACUCCUCUGGGGCUACUGGCGGGGGGGGGAGUCUCAGUUCAGCAGGGACCUGGUCCUCAGCAGUUCAGCUGUGCACGUCAUGAAGGUACAGGAGGGAGAUUCUCAGAAGCAGUGACGGGCAUGAAGAGAAACAAUUGGAGAGGUAAAGAAAAGGAGGGGUGGAGCAGUCGCAGACAAACCUACCAUCCCAACUACUACAGAAGACACAACCACUGUAGCUUUACUGAAAGGUGUGAACAAGAGGAACCAUGGAACUCACUGAAUGCAGACACCAGCAACAGUGGAUCCUCUUCUGAAGUAUGUCAUAGCUCUCCAGUACCUGAACUACCAGGAUUUUACUAUGACCCUGAAAAGAACCGCUAUUUCCGACUGCUCCCUGGGCAUAAUAACUACAACCCUCUCACCAAAGAGAGCCUCCAGUACAAGGAGAUGGAGUGCAAGAGACUGAAGCUGUUAGAAGAGGAGGAAAAGCAAAAGAAGAAAACAUCCAGAGCUGGAUUGAACUCAUCACUUGUCUUACGCAAGAGGCAGUUAGGGUUACUCAGCUCCACCAAUUAUUGCAGAUUGGUCCACGAAUUAAAGGUGAACUGCAUGCAAAGGAGGAAGGUAGAGAUUCGGAGCCCAGAUUCCUCAGUUACUGGAACCAACAAUUUUAAACUAAUAGUGGCAGACACAGCUUGUGAGCGGAUAUUCACUGUGAAUGAUGUAGAGCAUGGAGGAUGUAAAUAUGGUAUCAUCAACCUCAGUGGCUUAGGGAAGGACUCUCUCACGGUGGAGAUGUAUGACAACCUCUACUUCACAAACCGCAAGGUGAAUUCUGUGUGCUGGGCAUCGCUGACUCAUCAAGAUUCUCACGUUUUGUUGUGCCUCAUGGGGAUUGCAGAAACUCCAGGCUGUGCCAGUCUGCUUCCAGCAUCCUUAUUCAGCAACUCUAACCCAGGAGAUCAGCCUGGAAUGCUGUGCAGCUUCAAGAUCUCCACUGCCUGGUCCUGUGCUUGGUGCCUGAACCCCCAGGCUGAUAACUGCUUCAGCACAGGUCUGAUGCGGCGAGUCCUUGUAACCAAUGCAAUGACUGGUCACCGGCAGACAUUUGGAACAAGCAGUGAUGUACUGGCACAACAGUUUGCCACCCAGACUCCAGUGCUGUACAAUGGCUGCCGUUCAGGGGAGGUUUUCAGCAUUGACAUUCGUCAGCGCAGCCGGAGGGGUCACAGCUGGAAAGCUGUCCGUCUUUUCCAUGACUCAGCAGUCACAUCUGUUCGCCUUCUCCAAGCUGAGUACUAUCUUAUGGCAGCGGACAUGGCUGGAAAGAUAAAGCUAUGGGAUCUGAGAGCAGUGAAGUGUGUGAAACAGUACGAGGGCCAUCAUAACGAAUAUGCUACUCUCCCUCUGCAAAUAAAUGAGGAGGAAGGGCUUGUCACAGCAGUUGGUCAGGAUUGCUACACAAGAAUUUGGGGUCUCCAAGAUGCCCAUCUGCUCAGAAUGAUUCCCUCUCCACACCCAUCAUCCAGGGACUCCAUCCCCAGUGUGGUGUUCUCUUCAAGACUCGGAGGCAGCCGAGGAGUUCCUGGCCUGCUCAUGGCAGUCAAGCAGGAUCUCUACCACUUCUCCUACAACUCAGAUAAUCCAUGUUGUCCCUAGACCAGGGAUACAGAUCUUCCAGCCCCCCUGGGUGUCUCAAGAGACAGCUGUUAAGUGUGGCCUCUUAUUGUCACCAUUGCACUGACUCAAGUUGUGUGCCUGCUCUGUGUGUGGAGUUUUGAACUUUGCCCAGCAGGUUCAGCAAAUUUCUACUGUAUCUGCUCUAAAACUACCAGGCAGUUGUAAAUAAAAGUGAUGAACUGCUCAUACAGAGAACAGGUUUUUUUAAUUCAGCUGUGAGUUUGGAAGGAAGGAUCAUUUGUGGGAUCUGACUUUCAGCGAGUAGCUGAAACUCAUUGGCAAAAGUUGCAUAGAAAAAGCUAACUGUUCUACUGUCUCUCCAAUAAGGGAGAUAAAUGAAAAGGUAAUGGAGAGCACCCCAGACAGACCAGGAAGUAAGGCUGCUCUCUAAUACCUGACAGAAAUUUCGUUAAAACUGGAACAGUCAGGCUUCCAGGAACACAAGCAACCUCAGAGAUUACAGUGAAUGUAUUUAAUAUACGGAGUUCUCUUCAUCCCACAGGGCUCCAUACUCACUGAUAUUUUGUGUAGUGUCUUUCUAGGCCUAGCCACUUUGCCUCUCUGAGCCCCCCUCUUUCUACUCCCCAUCCCCUUUCUCUGAUGCUCUCUGCAUUCUCCCAACACAGCAUGCUGUCCCCUCUUUUCUAUGCCAUUGGAUCUUUGUCUUCAGAUUUCUUAUCCACACCACCACUUAUUGCUGAAACACAAAACUCUGUCCCUGCUAGAACAGUGAAACAUUAAGGAGAAUGCUUCCUUUACUGGAAAAAAAGUCACUUAGUGGGAGUAUUGUGUCUGGACAAAUGCCAGUGAAUAAUAUACAUAGAGGUCUUCCCUGUUUGUAAUGUUUUUGCAUACGGACUGAAAAAUUCUCAAAUUAACUUUACAGAACAAACAACUAGGCUAAUUCCUCCAGUUACUAAUUCUUGGCCUGCUUGUGGCUGUUUGUUGAGAAUAUUUGCAGUUUGCAAUUCAUGCUUUGUUUGGUUAUAUCCUUAAGUCAUUUAGAUUGUUUGUUUCUGUUUUUCAGUUGGACUGGGUAAGUGAUUUCCAUAUCCAGUACAACUUGGUACAAAUGGUGACUGUUACCAUCUACUGUUCAAUUGAGAAUUGGUGUUUGGAGUAUUUUGAAGUUAAAAAUGUCUUUUGUACAGGCAUUUCUGCUAGUAUCCCCUGAGCUGCUUGAACAUUCAUAGAAAGCAAAACAAACAGGGUUAUGAACUCCAUUGAAUCAAAAUUCAUUCUUGAAUUUAAAGCAGUACAUUUAGAACCCCCUUCCCCACUGUUCUCCCAGCUCUAGUCAAGAUCCUCAUCCUGGAUAGGAUACGGAUUCUGUAAUAUUUGUGUACCAUUGAUGUGGGAACACCAGCUAAAACAAGUGUGGCAGGAAGGCAUCUUGUUUUUUUUCCUAGUGCUUUCUUCACUCCCCUUCAGGCAAAGCCCAUUAAAUUGCAAGAAACUCAGUUGCUGUGCCUGCUGUUUCCAUGAGCUAAGCAUUCAUGAUGAGCCCCUGCACACACAUUCAUCCCCACCCCCUGCCAAAGUCCCUCUAGCUAAGGCUUCUAAUUAAGCUUGUGAUGGGGGUGCAAAGGAAGUGUUGGGGGUGCAGGGGAACAAGAUGUGAUCAAGUGUGCAGGCAGUGGCUAAAGGCACUAGAAUAACCUCUUUUGAGCAGCAGUAGCUGGGUGUUGAAGCAGCCAGUAGGUAAGGCAGCUAGAAAGGAAAGGUCCCAGUGCCCUGCUACUCCAAUAUCAAAAUAAUCUACUUCCUCUGCCCUGGUGUCCCAGCAGAGGGACUGUGGUCUAGCAAGAAAUGCCCAGACUGGACCUGAAGUCAUUCAGGUUCGGUCUCUGCUAGUCAGAAGGCAUGCUUGUUCACUCACUCAUUUGUAAAGCCCUGCAAAUCCGCAGAUAUCCACAGACCACUUUUGUGGAUCGCAGAUGGAUGCUAAUUCAAAUUUUAUAUCUGCACAGGGAUCUACUCGUAAUGAGGAAGACUGAGAAGCAGAGCUUAAAAAUUUCCCCAACACCUGUUUGUCCAAGGACUAAGCCUAUUAGCCCUCAUGAAAAAUACCUGCACUGCCAUGCUACCAAAACCACAAACUUUUAACUUCAAGUGACGCUCUUCAUUUGCCUAAUGGAAGUCUAGUGAUCAGCUCAAGCUCAACAUGGCUAAAACAGAACUCUAAAUCUUCCCUUCCCACUACUCCCUUUCUCAAUUCCCGUGGAUAUCACCAUCACCCUGCCUGUCAUUCUGGCCUGUAGGUAGUCUCUCUAGGUCUUCAUAUCCAGCCUACAUCUAAAUCCUGCAGAUUCUUUCCACACAUCUCCUCUCAGGUACAACCUUUUCUAUCCAUUCACACAGAUAAAACUCUUGUCCAGGCUUUCAUAUUGCGUCUUAUUACUGAAACAUUCUUCUCUCUGGCUUGACCAAUACAGUCUUGCCCCUCUCAUUACCGUUCAGAAUGCUGCUGCAAAGAUACUUUUCCUUGCCUGUUGCUUUGACCAUGUCACCCCUCUCUUUGCAUCUCUACACUGGCUCCUCCUUCCCUGUUGCAUUCUAUUUUAUAUAGGUUCUGAGACUGAAUCAAACACAAGCUGCUUGUCUUCACUUUCAAGGCCCUUCAUUUUCUAUGUCUAUGCCUACCCCUACCAAUCAUCUCUCAUUGCUAUCGAGCCGUUAGUGCUCACCUCUGAUUGGCCCGUCGUCAUGCCAAUCUCCAUUGCCCACUUUUCAAACAAGCACUUUCAUGCUUUCUACCUGCUGCCUCUCACGCUUUGGAGCGGCUUCCUGUAAACAUCCUCAAAGCUACUUCAUGCUGGUCUUAGAAACCCUCCUUUGCCAUGAUGCCUGCAAAAAACUUGCCAGUAGUUAGGCUGCUGAUGUGCUGAAACCACAGCCUAUCGUGCUGGCCAACGUCUCAUUGUAUCCUUGUGUUCCCUUGUCUGUCUGUAUCUGUGCAUUAUCUUUUGUAUUGUACUUGGAUUGUAAGCUCUUUGGGCCAGCGGCCGUCUUUGUGUUUUGUGUUUGUACAGCACCUAGCCCAAUGUGGUGCAAGACUGGGGCUCCUAGGUGCUAUGGUAAUAUUAAUAAAUCAAGGCUAUCUCCAGUCAAGUCUAUACUCUCUCCCUAGCCACAAUUAAACCCACCACCUGCACUUAACUUUUUGCUGGCUGUGGCUACUGCUAUCCCCUCUGCUUUCCCCUCCUAUAGCUGGGCGCUUCAUUCUUCUGUCUGCUUCAAGAUGUCACUCUGCUCCUUCCCCUUCCUUUAGAAACAGCAGUGGCUCCAGCUGCUUCCUCCCUCCCUGUUAAAGGACCAGCGGCAAUUGUUUGCUCCCUGCUUCCCUAUACCCUCCAAAGAAAGCACAACUCAACGUCUUUUGUGGUGGGGUCCUUCCCAGCUGGCUGCUAUCCAAUGCCAGCAUAUGGACAUGCUCCAAGCAACAAGAGCAGAGUUUCCCAGUGAGUGAGGGGAAGAAGUUGGGCCUAAUCCGGAGGCAAGCCAUGAUCGGACAGCACUGUAGCUGACAUCUGUUGGGGGUUGGGACUGCAUGGAUACAGGAAUCGAGCAGAAGUUCUGAGAAGAGCCCCUCUAGGUUUACUGAAGUAAAGAACCUUACAGACACCCAGUUGUUCUCCUUAUGGUUAUAGCUUCAUUUCAGCAGAGAAUGAGUCCAUCUUUGUUACCUUAAUGAAACAUGUUAGUGUGUGUGCCAUGAGGUACUGAAAGCAGCAUACGAUCCUCUUAUUAGUCACUUCUCUCUGCUCUUGAAUGAGAUUUCUCUUUUAGCAUUGAGCUCCACAAGUCACACAGGGAACACUGAAAAAUGGCAGCCCCAAAACUAGAAGUUACAGGAAUGACAAGGUGGGUAUUGCUCCUACUGAGUGCAACUGCUGCAGUAUUUCUCCCUGGCUGCUUUUCCAUCACUCUCUGCCCACGACCACAGAACCAUGGAGAAAAGUCCUGGCUGCACAAAAGCCAGUGACAAAACUCUCAUUUACGUCAGUGGCUCUGCUAUUAUGUUCAUGACUAUGAACCGUAGGCCCAAUCCUGUAAAAUGCUGAUUGCCCUCAUCUCCUGCUGAAAAUGUAUUCGUGCCCUAGGAAUGAAUCCAACAUCAGUUUAAGCUUCCUGGCCUUUCACAUUCGUUCGUUGCUCCACAUGUAGGUCUUGCAAAGUAAGAGCAAUUGCAGGGGCUAGUUUGAAUACCACUGUUUAACUAAAGAUUUGCUAAUGAAAAUGAAUUUUUAAAAACAAAACUUCAUAACAUGGCUCUUUGAGUAAAUGGUGUUCUUGUUUAGCAGGGGCGGGUGCCAUUUCAGGUUGAGUCCUGCAAACACUUGUGUAUGUACAUCACUUCAAGCGUGUGAGUAGUCAGAUUGAAGUCAAUGAGCCUACUCUUAUGCCUAAAGUUAAGCACCUACAUCAGUGUUUGCAGGAUCCAGACCUAUCUGCUAACAGCACAAUUUACUUUCUCUAGAUCGCCUUUUCCAGCCAUAGAUUUGAAAGCAUUUCACAAAAUUAUUAUCCUCCCGUUACAGAGAGAUUAAGUGAUGUUUUCAAGGUGUGGGCAAGUCAGUCAGAAGCCGAGUUUGACAGACCGCAGUUCUCCUGACUGUGUUCCAACCAGUAGACCAGGGGUCCCCAACGCAGUGCCCACGGGCGCCAUGGCGCCUGCAGGGGCAUUUUUGUGCACCCGCAAGACACCCCGCCACCAAAAUGCCGCUGAGAAGCGUUGCCGUAUUUCCCGCUUCUUCCCGCUGCUGCUUCUCUGCGGCAGCAUUUCGGCGGCAGGGUGUUUGGCACCCACCACAGUCUUCUGGGAAUAGCAAUAUGCUAUUCCCACAAGAAAGCUUGGGGGCCACUGCAGUAGACCACAGCUGUCCACGCUAUCUGUCACUGUUGUAUCAUCACUGUAGCUAUGAACAGUUGUGAUGUUUUUCUGACAGCCACCCUUUAGGUACUACUGCUUCCCAUUAAGAAGUCCAGUCUGAUGCUUUAGAACUGCUUUCCAGAGUAGAAAUGGAAGAAUUUAACACCCAUUUGGAAGUAAUAGAAAUCAGGUUCCUAAGCCUUCCAAAGGAAAUUUCUACAAUUAAAAGUGGGGUGGGGGGGAACUUAUUUAACUCCAGUGAAACUGUGAUUUCUAAAGGAAGCUGAAUUCUACAAGCCCAGCUUUGCAACAGCAGAGCUUUCGGAUACAUUUUUAUUUAUGCAAUAUAUAAACUACAUUAAUUAGUGACUUAAUCUGUAAUUCAAUGCAGUGAUCAAAUGAUUUAUUACAUUGGAGAUGUUACUGUUACAGCAUAUACUUGGAUUUUUGUAAGGGAAUUGUUCACACUGGUAGUGGUCAUUUUAACAGAUGGUAAAAGUCAGAAAACUAAAUACACUUCAUUGCUUAGUUACAAUAACUGACCUUGCUCUUUGGCAGCUGCCACGUUGUUAACUUACAUUAACUUCCUGUCACAUGAAUUGUUGAUUUGCAAGGCUUGACUACAGUAAUUUUCCUAUGUUCUGGCAUUGCUGAGAUCUCUCAGCUGAAGUCUUUCCACUGUGAAGAACUUGAAUAGUCCCAAAAUGCAUUAUGUGACUUAUGCUUGGUGACUAACAAAAUACACGAGUCAGAAUAGCUUUCUGUAAUAAGCAGAGAUGUUUGGGGGAAAGAUUGUAAUUUUCAUAUGCAUAUGCAUGGUAUGAUUCCCUCUCAUUCUGUAAUAAAAUCUCUGAGUGUUUUGCUAUUGCUGAAAAAUGUAACAUGGAUUGAAAUGAAUAGUUUAUUUGAUUUUGGCAACAGCAGGAAAGCAAGACCCCUCCCCUUUCUUUAGUAUUUUUUUAAAAAAUACAAUUGGCAUUGCCCUGCUCUACCCAAUAGUACCUUUCACAGGCAGCUUCCUCCCUGAAGCCAGGCAGCUGUUUUACAUCUUGAUUUCAUUUGAAAACUGAUGCUUUCAAUCAUUUUUAGCUCCACCUGCUGUAACUUUGUGCUAACUACUCAGCAAUCUUCAUUUCUUAAGCCCUUAGCAGUAGCACUUGGGUGGCAAUGGCUGUGGCCCUGCACAAACUGAUUAGCAAAGAAUAAGGACCUUUCCACUUUUGUGGAAAAUUACAAACUAUAUAUAUCGUGGGUGGCCAAAUCAUGGCUUGGGAGCCACAUGCUCCACCACCACCCCAUUUUUCACCUACCAUACUCUCCGGGGGGGGGGGGCCUCAGGGCUUCUGCCCUGUGGUGGGACUAGGGGCUUCAAUCCUGCAGGAGGUACCUGCCUGGGCUUGGGGCUUUAGCCCUAUGGGGCACCCCUGCUGGGCCUAGGGCCUUUAGGAGAAGCAGGGCUGAAGUCCCAAACCCUGGCAAGUGCCUCCUGUGGGGCUGAAGCACCGAGAUCCCCCUCCCCAUAGGGCAGAAGACCCUAGCCACACCACUCCACUGAAGGGCUAAAGCCCUGAGCCCUGGUAGGUGUGCCUGGCUCUCGAACUUCCAAAGAUUAUUGUAUGCAGCUCAGAUGGUCAGUAAGUUUGGCCAUCCUUGAUACAUAUUUUCUCCCAUUUCUGUAAUUUUUCAUGAAUUUUUUUUCAAUGAAAAAUUUUCAAAUCUAAUUCUCCCACCUUACUUUCACUUUUUGUAAAGUAAAACAGUGAGAGGAAAAGGGGACCCUCCCUCCCCCCCCC